AUGAAUUUUUCUUUCUUUUUCUUUCCUUUUUAUAUUACUUUCAUUUUCUUUUUUUUCAUUCUCUUUCUUCAUUUGGGUUUUUUUUUUUUUUCAUUUAUUCUUUUCUUUUGGAAACUUUUUUUCCAUUUUCUUUCAUCAGAAAAAAUUUUCUUUCCAUUUUCUUUUUGCAAUUUCCUUUUUUACUUUUUUUUAUUUAAUUUUAUUUUUCAUUCCUUUUUUCUUUCUUUCCUUUUUUUUUUCUUUCAUUCUCUUUCUUUUCUGCUAAAUGCUUGUUUUCUUUCCAUUUUCUUUUCAUCCACUUUUUUUUCAAUUUUAAAAUUCUUUCUUUUCUGCUUACUUUUUUCUUUCCAUUUUCUUUUAUUCUUUUUUUUAUUGCUUUUAUUUCUUUUUUUCCAUUUUCUUUUUAUUCUCUUUUCUUUCGUGCUUACUCACUUUUUUUCCAUUUUCUUUUAUUCUCUUUCUUUUCUGCUUACUCUUUCUUUUUUUUUUUCUUUCUUAAAGGUUUUUCCUUUUUUUCAUUUUCUUUCUUUAAAUUUUCUUUUUUCUUCUUUUUUUCUUUUUCCUUUCUUUUUCUUUCCUGCUUACUUUUUUUCUUUCUUUUUUUUUCAGGUUUUUUUUUUUCCUUUUUUUAAUUUUCUUUUUUUCAUUUUCUUUCAUUCUUUUUUUUUUUUCUGCUUACUAUUUUUCUUUCCAUUUUCUUUUAUUCUCUUUCUUUUCUGCUUACUUCUUUCUUUCCAUUUUCUUUCUUUUUUCAGGUUAUUUUUCUUUCAUUUUCUUUUUUCUUUCCAUUUUCUCUUUCUUUUCUUUUUUUUUUCUUUCAUUCAUUUUCUUUUUCUUUCUUUCCAUUUUCUUUUUUUCUCUUUCUUUAUUCCAUUUUACUCUUUCAUUCCAUUUUCUUUUAUUCUCUUUCUUUUCUGCUUUUCUCUUUCAUUCCAUUUUCUUUUUAUUUUCUUUUUUUUUCUGCUUACUAUUUCAUUCCAUUUUCUUUUUUAUUCAAAAAAAAAUUUUUUCUGUUAUUCCUUCUUUUCAUUUUCUUUCUUUCCAUUUUCUUUCAUUCUCUUUCUUUCCUGCUUACUCUUUCUUUCCUGCUUACUCUUUCUUUCAUUCUCUUUCUUUUCAGGUUAUUUUUUCUUUUCAUUUUUUUCUUUUUUUCCAUUCCUUUUUUCAUUUUUUUUCUUUCCUUUUCUUUCAUUCUUUUUUUCUUUCCUGCUUACUCUUUCUUUCCUGCUUACUCUUUCUUUCAUUCUCUUUCUUUUCAGGUUAUUCCUUCUUUUAAUUUUCUUUCUUUCCAUUUUCUUUCAUUCACUUUUUUUUCUGCUUACUCUUUCUUUCCAUUUUCUUUUAUUCUCUUUCUUUUCUGCUUACUUUUUCAUUCCAUUUUCUUUCAUUCUCUUUCUUUUCUGCUUACUCUUUCUUUCCAUUUUCUUUCAUUCUCUUUCUUUUCUGCUUACUCUUUCUUUCCAUUUUCUUUCAUUCUCUUUCUUUUCUGCUUACUUUUUCAUUCCAUUUUCUUUCUUUUCAGCUACUCUUUCUUUUAUUCUCUUUCUUUUCAGGUUACUCCUUCUUUUCAUUUUCUUUCUAUUUUCAUUCAUUCUCUUUCUCUCUGCUAUCAUUCUUUCUAUUAUCGUUCAUUCAUUCAUUUUCUUUCACUCUAUUUCAAAUUUCUUUCAUUGUUUUUUAAAAAAUUUCUAG